AUGGCCUUGCCAGAGACACCGGUCUCUUCGCAGGCGAUACUCCUUCCGGUGCUUGCAUUCGUCUCCGUCCUCCUCAGUAUCAUUCCUCUAGUCCUGCACUGGAAAAACCGAAACUUUGCUGCAAGCAGUCUAAUCUUGUGGUAUCUCCUACUCAACAUCUUCAAUAUAGUCAACGCACUGAUCUGGCCGACGGACGACCUUGAUUUGUGGUGGGAUGGCAACGGACUCUGUGAUAUUGAGGUUAAGAUCAUGAUCGCCAGCUACGUUGCUAUCCCUGGAACCUUGGUUUGCAUUUUUCGCAACUUGGCACAGGUUUUGGAUACGAGUCGCGCAAACCUCGUUCCAACUCAAUCGCAACGUUGGUGGAAUCACACCAUGGUCCUAUCAUUCUGUGUAAUCUCCCCGGUUAUUGCGAUGCUUACGCACUACGUCUAUCAGGCAAACAGGUACAUUCUGUAUGCUAUUGCUGGUUGCCUCAAUAACUAUGACCGGAGCUGGGUGACUCUCGUGCUAGCGUGGAUCUGGCCACUAAUCAUCUGUUUGAUUGCUGGAUACUACUGCGUUAUCGUGUUACAUCGCCUUACCAAGUACCGAAGCCAGUUCGGGAGCAUUCUUCAAUCAGCCAAUAGUAACUUGACCAAGUCGCGAUUCAUGCGGCUGUUCCUCAUCGCCUUUAUCAUGCUGUGGGCUAUUAUUCCAGUUCAAACCUAUGUAGUUGCAUCGAACAUUAUUGUCACUCAGCCAUGGCAUUCAUACUCGUGGAGUGUCGCUCACCCACCUAACUGGAACGAGGUGAUCAAAGUCCCUGUGGAGGGCCGUGUUUUCUACGACCGUUGGAUUCCGGUGGCUUCGGGAUAUAUGUUCUUUAUCUUCUUCGGUAGUGGGAGAGAUGCUCUCGUUAUGUACCGCGCGAUCUCGGAUUUUCUAGGAUUUGGCAACUGCUUUACAUCCCUUAAGUCAUCCUCAGCAAACAGCUCCUCUGCGUCAGGAUCCCUGGGUAGCCGGGCAAAGCUUCUAUUCAACAGACGAUGGACAACCACCGCAAGCUAUCCUAGAACAUCCUCCAACAAUUCCGCCGACGCAAUCCGAGCUGCUCAUGGUUACCAUGACCUUGAAAUGGGUGCAGUGUCUGGAGCCAAGCAAUCACAGUGGAUGUCGCGGUUCAGACUGCUUUGGAUGCUGCGAAGUCGGCCUUCCUCCGGACAGGAAACAGCGGUUCCUCUGCGCCAUAUUCCCGAGCAAACUACCACGAUUCGUACCAAUGCCUGGGCUGGAGUGAGUCAGAGUCGUGGAAGCAGUGACCAUGGAGCCGCGCCACUUUCGGAGGAUCAUAUCCGGCAUUGCCCGAGCGGAUCGUACGCGUCAACUACAUGCAUCGGUGCAGCAGAUAGCGAGCUGUCAUGCCGAGAGAUAGAAGCGCAUCAUAUGAGAAAGAGAAUACUUUACACGAGGACUGUUAGACAUGAUACAUAUGGCCAAGGAGAUGAACCCAAAUGGAAAGAGUUUCUGAUGGCAGCUCGCCGUGGUGCCCGAAUUCACCGACAAUUGGGAAAGUCGGCAUUGGACGCCUGA